AUGGAAAGAGAAGAUAGAGGAAUGGGCGAGAAGAUAGAGGAAUGGAGGGAGAAGAUAGAGGAAUGGAGGGAGAAGAUAGAGGAAUGGAGGGAGAAGAUAGAGGAAUUGAGGGAGACGAGAGAGGAAUGGAGAGAAAAGAUAGAGGAAUAAAGGGAGAAAAUAGAGGAAUGGAGAGAGAAGAUAGAGGAAUGGAGGGUGAAGGUAGAGGAAUGGAGAGAGGAUAGGGGAAUGAAGAGAAAAGAUAGAGGAAUGGAAGGAGAGGACAUAGAAUGGAGAGAGACGAGAGAGGAAUGGAGAGAGAAGAUAGAGGUAUGGAGAGAGAAGAGAGAGGAAUGGAGAGAGAAGAUAGAGGAAUGGAGAGAGAAGAGAGAGGAAUGGAGAGAAAAGAUAGAGAAAUGGAGGGAGAAGAUAGAGGAAUGGAUAGAAGAACGGCGGGAGAAGAUAGAGGAAUUGAGAGAGAAAAUAGAGGAAUGGAGGGAGAAUAUAGAGGAAUGGAGGGAGACGAUAGCGGAAUGGACAGGGAAGAUAGAGGAAUGGAGAGAGAAGAUAGGGGAAUGGAGAGAGAACAUAGAGGAAUGGACAGAGAAGAUAGAGGAAUGGAGGGAGAAAAUAGAAGAAUGGAGGGAGAAGAAAGAGGAACGGAGAGAGAAGAUAGAAGAAUGGAGGGAUAAUAUAGAGGAAUAA